AUGUCUGCCCCAAACCCAAAAGCUUUUCCUUUAGCUGAUUCUGCAUUAACACAACAAAUCUUGGAUGUUGUCCAACAAUCUCAAAACUUGAGACAAUUGAAGAAAGGUGCUAACGAAGCUACCAAGACCUUGAACAGAGGUAUUUCUGAAUUCAUCAUCAUGGCUGCUGAUACCGAACCAAUUGAAAUCUUGUUACACUUGCCAUUAUUGUGUGAAGAUAAGAACGUUCCAUACGUUUUCGUGCCAUCUAAGACUGCAUUAGGUAGAGCUUGUGGUGUUUCCAGACCAGUUAUUGCUGCAUCUGUCACCACCAACGAAGCUUCUGCUAUGAAGAACCAAAUCUACGGUAUCAAGGAUAAGAUUGAAACUUUGUUAAUCUAG